ACCGGCAGUGACAGUUGGGAACGACGUCCGUGUUGCGCGGACGCAUGAUAAACACAGUGUGAAUUAUUUAAAACAAAAUGGAAUGGUAUACUACGGAAUCAGGGAAAUACCGUGUGGAGUCCCUGUCAGCUAAAACAUCCCCUGGUGCAUUAAAAGUAAUAAAAGAAGCAUUCUGCCAAGACGAAGCAGUGUCUAUAGGAGCUGAAGUAAACAAAGAUCCAGAGGCUCAAGAAGAGUUGUUAGAACUAUGUGCAGAUGCUGCUUUAGAUGGCGUGUCGCUGGUAGCUGUAGAAGUCAGUACUGGAGAUGUUGUGGCUGCAGCUUUUAAUAAACUACAGGUUCAGUCUUCCGACUCCACGGAGAAAACGUUUUUCGACGUAUUUGUGGAAGAGCGAUGUAACCGGCCCUCGUCUAAGUCGCUAAUACAGUUCAUGAGCAACGUUGAUGCCAGAUGCAAUUUAUUUGAGAAAUACCAGACAGAUUGUAGCUUAGAGAUAAUGUUUCUAGCUACUCUUCGGGAGCACAGAAAUCAAAACCUUGGAACAAUCCUUUGCAAACUAUCAGUUGAUCUAGCGAAGAGACUAAAAAACGGCCCGGUCUCCAAAAUUACUUUAAAUGAUUUAGGAUCUAAGUAUUCUCAUAUGAAACCACGUGAAGUAACAAAUAAAGUACCAAAGAUUUGCCGAGCCAUAUGGACUGGGGAGUUCACGCAAAAAAUCGGAGCGAGACUAGGGUUCAACGUCGAAGUGAAAGCCCUAAUGAGUGAGUUCAGCCAUAAUGGGAAAACGUACGCCGAUCGACUGGGUAAUCAGGCUGCUUAUUCAGAAGUUGUAUCCUUAGUUUUAGAUUAGGUUUAGGUAAGUCUUGAACUUUAGAUGGUAGUCUUUAAUAGGUGUGUAGUUAGGUAGACGUUAUAAGUAACAGACGCGGGACGUUUUUGUUAUUUUUCCGAUAUACUUUGUUAUUAUAAGGCCGAAAUUGUAAAUCUCUGACGUACAUAAUCUGUCUGUACUUUCUAUGAUUCUUGGUACUUACAAGGCUAUUUGGAUUUAUCUUAUUUAAGUAAAA